AUGUCGUCUUUUUUCCGCACAUACAACCAGCUCAUCUUGAAACGGCCAUUGGCCACCAACAUCCUCACCACGGGGUUCUUGUUUGGGGCUGGCGACGUUCUCGCCCAGUCCCUCUUCAAUCCCGAGCGCCACCACGGCUACGACUACCCUCGCACUCUCCGUGCGGUGGCCUACGGCUCGGUGGUGUUCGCACCCCUUGGCGACAAGUGGUACAAGCUCUUGAACCGUAUCCAGCUUGGCGGCACAACCCGCACCAGCACGGUGGGCACCACUGCCGUGCGAGUAGCCGCCGACCAGUUGGGGUUUGCGCCGUUUGUGGGGAUUCCGCUCUAUUUCAGCAUGAUGACAGUCUUCGAAGGAAAGACGCCUGUGGUGGACGAGAUCUCACGUAAGCUCUCCACCAGCUGGUGGAGCACGUUGACCACCAACUGGAUGGUGUGGCCAGUCUUCCAGGCGUUCAACUUCUACUUGAUGCCUGUGCAGUUCCGGUUGCUUGGGGUGAAUGUGUUCAGCAUAGGCUGGAAUUGUUACAUGAGCUACGUGUUGAACAAAAAAGAUGGUGGCGAGCGCGGAGGGCCGCUAGGAGCAAAGAUAGGCGACGAGCAGAUGAUGAAAGGAUUCAAGAAUAGGCUCACCAGAAACAAGAGCCAGAGCUCCAGCAAGAAGACCGACAAGAAGGCAGAAAAGGAGAAGGAAAAGUCCGACAAGAAGACCACCCCUCCUCCCAGCCAGUCGCCUUCAGGAGGCAAGAUCUUGUCUGCGUCGUCUUCGUCGUCAUCCUUGAAAUCCAACUCCCCCAGCCCCUCCAGGAACAACAGCGGGAAUUCUGUCAAGUCGGCCAACUCCGGGGGAACAGGCUCGGCCACCACCAGCUCUCAAGUUUCCCAAUCCCCCCACCUGCCCAAACCUCAGGAUUCCCCCAAAAUUACCAUCAAUAACAUUGACUUCGAUGCAUCUAGCAAUGUGAAUUCUGGAAAUAGCAAUUUCGGUACUGGUACCAAUAACAUUCUCAACAAUUCAGCUUCGGUGUCUCCAUCAUCGAAUCCAAGCUCUCCAAUACCUUCCCCAAACCACAUUACCUCGUCUUCUCCUUCUCCCUUUGAAGGUAAGGUCACCCACAGUCAACAGCCCGCAAUUCAUCCAUUCCUGUUAAAUACAAACAUUGCAUCUCCUUCCAAGGAAAAUAUCGACAUUGAUUUGAUUGUCACGCCAAAGAGGCACUCAUCUUCUCGGUUCGAACCUUCCAAUUCCGAUAGGUACCAAGAGAUGGUGAAAUUACCAAACUUCGAUGAAGUUUUACCAGAAGAACAGAUUCCAUUGUUCAUUCAAAAGAUUGACCAAUGCAAUGUGAUGUUUGAUUUUAGUGACCCCACAUUUGAUUUGAGAGGUAAAGAAAUUAAGAGAAUCACCUUGCAAGAAUUGAUCCAGUUUAUUUCCAACAAUAGAUUCAGCUACACUGACGAAAUGUAUAAACACGUUGUUUCAAUGUUCAAGAAGAAUUUGUUCCGUCCAAUUCCCCCUCCUGUCAACCCAGUUGGUGAGCUUUUCGAUCCAGAUGAGGAUGAGCCAGUCAGUGAAUUGGCAUGGCCCCACAUGCAAGCCAUCUAUGAGUUUUUCUUGAGAUUUAUCGAGCUGCCAGAUUUUCAGCAUCAAUUGGCAAAGCUUUACAUUGACCAUGAUUUCAUCUUGAGAAUUUUGGAACUAUUUGAUAGUGAGGAUCCAAGGGAAAGAGACUGCUUGAAAACCACCUUGCAUAGAAUUUAUGGUAAGUUCUUGAGUUUAAGAAGUUUCAUUAGAAAAUCUAUCAACAAUGUUUUCUUACAGUUUGUUUAUGAAACAGAAAGAUUCAACGGUAUUGGAGAAUUAUUGGAAAUAUUGGGUUCGAUCAUCAACGGUUUUGCUCUACCAUUGAAGGAAGAACAUAAGAUAUUCUUGGUGAGAAUCUUGAUACCAUUACACAAGGUCAAGAGUGUUUCACUCUAUCACCCACAGUUAGCCUAUUGUAUUGUCCAGUUUUUGGAGAAAGAUCCUUCUUUGACUGAAGACGUUAUAAUGGGAUUAUUGAGAUUCUGGCCAAAGAUCAAUAGUCCAAAGGAAGUAAUGUUCCUAAACGAGAUUGAAGACAUUUUUGAAGUAAUGGAACCAAAUGAAUUUUUAAAGAUCCAAAUUCCUUUAUUCGCUCAAUUGUCCAAAUGUAUCUCGUCGCCACACUUCCAGGUUAGUGAAAAGGUGUUGUGCUAUUGGUCUAACGAAUACUUCUUGACUUUGAUAACGGAGAAUGCUGAGGUUGUGUUACCAAUAAUUUUUGCUUCAUUGUACGAGUUGACAAACUCUACCCAACCUGGAAUAGAGAAUGGGAUCAUGCAGCAAAAAUUAUCCGAUAAUCCACAAGCCACUAAGGAUGCAAAUGGAAAUCUUAUUGACAAGGGAUUGGUUUUGCAGGAUUUGAACCAAGGUAUAAUACCAAGCUCCAAUGAUCCAAAUCAUCCUCAUCACAAUUUGCUCCAUGUUCACGAAAGUCAUCAAACAAAGCAUGGCUCAAACUCUUUUGCCCAAGGAGACCUUAACGGUAAUGAUAUGAAUGAUGAAGAAUACUAUGAUUCCUUUUCUUCUCUUCAAAAUUCUGGAGGCCAUAACAUGGGCGAUGAAUAUAAUGCUUAUGAUGACGGUACCAAUAUGCUCCAACACAACUCCGCAACCUCCAAUUGGAAUAGAAGUAUCCAUUCAUUGGCCUAUGGAGCUUUGAAGGUAUUCAUGGAUCACAAUCCAAUUUUGUAUGAUCAUUGCACCAUGUUAUAUCAUCAAUCAUUAGAGGAACAAAAGCAAAGAGAAGUCGCAAGAAAGGAAGGUUGGAGAAGAAUUGAAGAAUAUGUCAGGUCUAUUAAGGAAAAGCAAAGACAAGAUCUUGAUCAAGCAAGGUCUAAUCCAGCAGAAAGUAGAGGGUUAGUAAGUCGUUGA